GCUAGGUUCUUCCAGACCAUUCCGCAACAUCUUAAUCAUCACCAUUGCCAUUAACGAAGCUUACGAAGUCACUCUCUGCCUGCCAGCCUAGCAAUUGUCAUUUUUCAAUUUUCUUACUUAGAAGCGAUACAUAAAACAAUCAGAAACCAUGGCGUCCUCAUCCACAGCCGAAGCGCCAGACACAAGUUACGUCAAAAUGGACAAGGAAUCCGACGCAACGCUCAUCGGCAAGCACUGCCAACUCGAAUACUGCAACCAACUCGAUUUCCUCCCCUUCUUCUGCCAAAGCUGCAAAAAGACCUUCUGCCUCGACCACCGAACCGAAGACUCGCACAAAUGCGCUAAUAAGGGAGCUUGGGCCGAGCGCAAGCGGCAAGCCCAACUCUCGCGUACAUCCGCGGGCGAGGGCAAGCGCAUGCGCGACUUCGUAUCGCAAAAACCGUGCGCAGCAACCGACUGCAAAACGACCGUCGGCACCUCCCUAGUCCCCGGCGUGCACUGUUCGAGCUGCAAUCGCGAUUACUGCCUCAAGCACCGGCUAAAAGAAGAACACGACUGCAAGAACAAAAUCCCGAUCGGUGCGCGCCCCUCACAAUUCAACGAUGCCGUUUCGCAGACACAGUCUGCGCUUGCGAAGCUGAAAGCUUGGGGUCUGGCAAAGAGGGAAGCGGCGGGACGCGCGUUGCCGAAACCGAAACCUUCGUCUGCGGCUGCGCGACUGGUGGCUACGAAUACGUUGAAGAAGAGCGCGAAGGGCGAUGCGAAGGUACCGCCUGAAAAAAGGGUGUACUUGUAUGUGGAGGCUGAGGCGGAGACUACGACUGCGAAGAAUUAUAAAGGCGAGUUCUUUUACUCGAAAGAUUGGGUUAUUGGUAGGGUGCUUGAUGCCGCGGCCAAGAGUCUACAGGUUGAAAAUGUGAACAACCAAUCUUCCGAAGAGAGGGAUAAGUUACGGGUAUUCCACGUAGAAGGUGGUCGGGUAUUAGAGUUCAACGAGAAGGUUGGUUCGGCGCUUGUCAGUGGCAACACGAUAGUAUUGCUACGAGGCAUAGGACCACCGCCUGAUUUGAUUGAGAUGUAAGCGAAAGACUUAUGAGAUAUGACGAAUUGCAUUAAAAGCGGCGUUUUCGAGGCAUUGAUUUUCCACAGCGGAGAUACCUUAUAUAAGAGAAUAGAAGUAACAA